GCCGCCUUAGCGUGAAGGGGGCGCUUGGAGAGGCAGUUGCUCGGUGGCUUGUUCGCGCCUGACUGGAUCUCUCCGCGCCCGGGGAGCCCCAGAGCUUCAGCCCGAGGCUCGCCCGCCCGCCCAGCCGCAGCCCCGGCGUCUCUCCUGAUGGCGACCUCUGUGGGGAAUGUGGCUGACAGCACAGAACCAACGAAACGUAUGCUUUCCUUCCAAGGGUUAGCGGAGUUGGCUCAUCGUGAAUAUCAGGCAGGAGACUUUGAAGCAGCAGAGAGACACUGCAUGCAGCUUUGGAGACAAGAGCCUGAUAACACUGGCGUUCUUUUAUUACUAUCAUCCAUUCACUUCCAGUGUCGCAGACUGGACAGGUCUGCUCACUUCAGCACUUUGGCUAUUAAACAGAAUCCAUUGUUGGCCGAAGCCUACUCGAAUCUAGGGAAUGUGUACAAGGAACGUGGGCAGCUGCAAGAAGCUAUUGAGCAUUAUAGGCACGCGCUACGCCUCAAACCAGAUUUCAUUGAUGGAUAUAUUAAUCUGGCUGCUGCACUGGUAGCUGCAGGUGAUAUGGAAGGGGCAGUACAAGCCUAUGUUUCUGCUCUUCAGUACAAUCCUGACUUGUACUGUGUUCGUAGUGACCUGGGGAACCUGCUCAAAGCCCUGGGUCGCUUGGAAGAAGCCAAGGCCUGUUACUUGAAAGCAAUUGAGACUCAACCAAACUUUGCAGUAGCAUGGAGUAAUCUUGGCUGUGUUUUCAAUGCUCAAGGAGAAAUUUGGCUUGCCAUUCAUCACUUCGAAAAGGCUGUCACACUUGACCCAAACUUCUUGGAUGCUUACAUCAAUCUGGGGAAUGUUCUGAAGGAGGCAAGGAUAUUUGACAGAGCUGUAGCAGCCUACUUACGAGCCUUGAGUCUGAGUCCUAAUCAUGCAGUUGUGCAUGGCAACCUGGCCUGUGUGUAUUAUGAGCAAGGACUGAUAGAUCUGGCAAUAGACACCUACAGACGUGCUAUUGAGCUACAGCCACACUUCCCUGAUGCCUAUUGUAAUCUGGCCAAUGCUCUAAAGGAGAAAGGCAGUGUUGCUGAAGCAGAAGAAUGUUACAAUACAGCUCUUCGUCUGUGUCCCACACAUGCAGACUCACUUAAUAACCUGGCAAACAUCAAGCGAGAACAGGGAAACAUUGAGGAGGCUGUUCGCCUAUACAGGAAAGCUCUUGAGGUGUUCCCCGAGUUUGCUGCUGCCCAUUCAAAUUUAGCAAGUGUUCUACAGCAGCAAGGAAAGCUGCAGGAAGCUCUGAUGCAUUACAAAGAGGCAAUUAGAAUCAGCCCCACAUUUGCAGAUGCUUAUUCCAAUAUGGGGAAUACUUUAAAGGAGAUGCAGGAUGUUCAGGGAGCUUUACAAUGUUACACCCGUGCCAUCCAGAUAAACCCAGCAUUUGCUGAUGCCCACAGUAACUUGGCCUCUAUUCACAAGGAUUCAGGGAACAUACCAGAAGCCAUUGCUUCUUAUCGCACUGCUCUGAAACUGAAACCUGAUUUCCCAGAUGCUUAUUGCAACUUAGCCCACUGCUUGCAGAUUGUCUGUGACUGGACGGAUUAUGAUGAAAGAAUGAAAAAGCUGGUCAGCAUUGUAGCUGAUCAGCUGGAGAAGAAUAGACUGCCUUCUGUCCAUCCUCAUCACAGCAUGCUGUACCCCCUUUCUCACAGCUUUAGGAAGGCUAUUGCUGAGAGACAUGGAAAUCUGUGUUUGGAUAAGAUCAACGUCCUUCACAAGCCACCAUAUGAGCAUCCAAAGGACUUGAAGGCUAGCGAAGGCCGGCUUCGUGUUGGCUAUGUGAGCUCUGAUUUUGGAAAUCAUCCAACCUCCCACCUAAUGCAGUCAAUCCCAGGAAUGCAUAACCCUGACAAGUUUGAGGUGUUCUGUUAUGCCCUCAGCCCUGAUGAUGGGACAAACUUCCGUGUAAAGGUGAUGGCGGAAGCAAAUCAUUUCAUUGACCUCUCUCAGAUACCAUGUAAUGGAAAGGCAGCAGAUCGCAUUCACCAGGAUGGGAUACACAUCCUCAUUAACAUGAAUGGCUACACUAAGGGAGCCCGUAAUGAGCUGUUUGCUCUCAGACCAGCACCUAUCCAGGCUAUGUGGCUGGGAUACCCUGGAACCAGUGGGGCACUGUUCAUGGAUUAUAUCAUCACAGAUCAAGAAACUUCCCCAGUUGAUGUGGCAGAGCAAUAUUCUGAGAAACUGGCUUACAUGCCAAACACUUUCUUUAUUGGAGACCAUGCUAAUAUGUUUCCCCACCUGAAGAAAAAAGCAGUCAUUGAUUUCAAGUCCAAUGGCCAUAUUUAUGAUAACAGGAUUGUUUUGAAUGGCAUUGAUUUGAAGGCAUUCCUUGACAGCCUCCCUGAUGUCAAAAUUGUUAAGAUGAAGUGCCCUGAUAGUGGAGACAAUGCAGACAGCAAUGCUGCCCUCAGUAUGCCAGUCAUUCCUAUGAAUACAAUUGCAGAAGCCGUGAUUGAGAUGAUUAAUCGUGGACAAAUUCAGAUAACAAUCAAUGGAUUCAACAUUAGCAAUGGACUAGCAACUACACAGAUUAACAACAAGGCAGCAACUGGAGAAGAGGUUCCACGUACCAUCAUUGUUACCACCCGCUCUCAGUAUGGGUUACCAGAGGAUGCUGUUGUGUACUGUAACUUUAACCAGCUAUAUAAGAUUGACCCUUCCACUUUACAGAUGUGGGCUAACAUUCUGAAGCGAGUUCCAAACAGCGUAUUGUGGCUGUUGCGUUUCCCAGCUGUAGGAGAACCCAAUAUUCAACAAUAUGCACAGAACAUGGGCCUUCCCCAGAACCGAAUCAUCUUCUCUCCUGUUGCCCCCAAAGAGGAACAUGUGCGGAGGGGCCAGUUGGCUGAUGUUUGUCUAGAUACUCCACUUUGUAAUGGGCACACUACUGGGAUGGAUGUACUCUGGGCUGGAACUCCCAUGGUUACUAUGCCAGGGGAAACUCUUGCAUCACGGGUUGCUGCCUCCCAGCUUACUUGCCUUGGUUGUCUUGAACUUAUUGCUAAGAGUAGACAAGAAUAUGAAGAUAUUGCUGUGAAACUGGGAACGGAUCUAGAAUACCUGAAGAAAAUUCGUAGUAAAGUCUGGAAGCAGAGAAUAUCAAGUCCUUUGUUCAACACCAAACAGUACACAAUGGAACUGGAGCGGCUUUACCUUCAGAUGUGGGAUCACUACGCUGCUGGCAACAAACCAGACCAUAUGGUUAAGCCAAUAGAGAGCAAUGAAUCUGCAUGAAGGACUCUGCCCACACGACUCUCCCAGAAUUGAGCCUCUCAAACUCCUCUGCAAAGGAGAUGGGAGCUAAAGACAGUGCAUUUCUACUUAAUCUGCCUGGUACUCUGUGACUGAAGUGAUACAUGAUGGUGAUUUAAGAGCACAGACAGACAUACUUCGUGCAUAAUAGGGAGAGGCAGGCUGUAGAGAUUGGGAACUUUCUAUUCCAUAAGGAGUUUGAAAAAGAUUGAGUUGUGCACAUGUGCUGUAUGUUUGCAAGGCCUGCUGCUUGAUGGGGAAAGUGUGAACUGUCCAUCCAAUUGUGAUUUCAUGGAUUGAUUCAAUCUUCCUAUGAAUUUCUCUCUUAUGUGGAUUGGGAAUUGGAGCUUUUUAAUGUUUGAUUUCAGGUGUUCCUGUUGGUAUAUGUGCGAUUCUUCCAUGACAUGAUUUCCAACUAGUGAGUGUUGCUCCCUGCAUUAACUUCUUAACUGUGCAGAUUGAAAGGGCAUAUUUGCUGGUGUAGUCUUUUUUACAGGUUUUAUAAACCACUUGAGCCUAUAUCAGCCUUUUAAUGUUUGACCUCUGUUUUGGAACUUUCUGUACUGUGUUGAUUUAGAUGAGAACUCAGUGCUUGGUUUAAAAAAAAAAAAAAAAAAAGAUUCUCCUGUAUCUCCGCUAAUUGGCUUCAUGAUGACAGCUCCUAUUCUGUUGAAAAACAAAAUUGGUUUAAAAUUAAUGCCCCUGAACUGUUUUGAAAUAAACAAACUGGUGCCAAAUACAAAUCCUUCAGGAAUUAUUGUUAAUUAUGUACAGAGGCACAGUCCUAUGUACUGUAGCAAGGACUUUUUUAAAAUAAAGCUCUGGUUUGCCCAGUUUGACCCAUUUGA